GGCGUAGGGUUUCAUCUUGGUCCCUUUCUACCUCUGAGCUCGAGCGGCGGCCAUGGCGACGGCGCCUUCGGAGUCCGUGCAGUGCUUUGGCCGGAAGAAAACGGCCGUGGCUGUGGCGCACUGCAAGCGCGGGCGUGGACUGAUCAAGGUGAACGGCGUGCCAAUCGAGCUGGUGAAGCCGGAGAUCCUUCGUCUCAAGGCCUUCGAGCCCAUCCUCCUUCUCGGGAGGCAGCGCUUCGCGGGUGUCGACAUCCGCAUCCGCGUCCGCGGCGGCGGCAAGACCUCUCAGAUCUACGCCAUCCGCCAGAGCAUCGCCAAGGCCCUCGUCGCCUACAACCAGAAGUACGUUGACGAGCAGUCUAAGCAGGAAAUCAAGGACAUACUCGUCCGCUAUGAUCGCACCCUGCUCGUCGCCGACCCUCGCCGAUGCGAGCCAAAGAAGUUUGGUGGGCGUGGCGCGCGCGCCCGCUUCCAGAAGUCCUACCGUUAGAACCAUGGCGUCCUACAGUAGGGGUUUCCCCUCAAAGAUUCAACCUUUCUUGCCUGGGUUUGCUUUCUGUUUCUGUUAACAUGAAUUUGAUUAAUUAUUGGUGCUUUAAGUUUUAUUUUAGUUUAUAUUAUGCUAUGUUUGUGAGGAAACAUUCUCUAUUACACUCAAUGAUAUGGUUUAAGCUUACUUGCUA